AUGACACGAGGACCACAAUUUUUUCUCCUGAAGGUAGAAUAUGCAAUGGAGGCUGUGGGUCAUGCUGGCACUUGCAUGGGUAUCGUCGCCAAGGAUGGUGUUGUUUUGGCUGCAGAAAGACGAUUCAUCAACAAUCUGUUGGAUGAAACUGCUUUCUCCGAAAAGAUAUACAAGAUUAAUGAUGAUAUUGCCUGUGCUGUUGCGGGAAUCACAGCGGAUGCUACUGUCCUGAUAAAUGAGAUGCGUCUAAUAGCUCAAAGAUAUCUCCUUUCAUAUCAAGAACCUAUGCCGGUUGAACAGUUGGUUUCACACAUAUGUGAUUUACAACACGGUUAUACUAUGUACGGUGGUCGACGACCGUUCGGCGUUUCUAUGCUGUUUAUGGGCUGGGAUGAGCGUCAUGGUUUUCAAUUAUUCCAGUCCGAUCCGUCCGGGAAUUGUCUGGGUUGGAAGGCUGCGUGCAUUGGGUCCAAUUCAGCAGCGGCUGCCUCUAUCCUUGAGCAGGAUUACGACCCAGAAGCCACAACUGAUGCAGCUAUUAAGCUUUGUAUCAAAGCUUUGUAUAAAACGAUGACCAUGUCCAAAUUGACCUCGGAUAAACUAUCGCUUCUGGCAGAUCGUGUUGCCUGUCGUCUGAAAUCGCGGUAA